GUCGAGUCACUGCCGAAAAGUACACAGAUGCGUUUGCUAUUUCAUGGUAUUCUCCCCUCAAUGUGAAAUUCAGUUCGACACAUACGUUUGACAAGAUGGAGCCCAGUCCGGUCCCGCCAAAUUUCAUCACUCUGUCCGAGGCUCUGAGCAAAGCCGGCACCUACCAACAGUACAAUGUCAUUGGCGUAUGCGUCGACUAUUUUGAUCCUACCAUAACCAGCACAAAAGAACACAUGAUCACAUUCACCCUACAUGAUCCUUGGUGGACGGAGCGUCCUGGCAUGAGAUUUCGUUUCUUCUCCAAGACAGAAAAGCUGUUGCCAAAAGUUGGAAACCAGGGUGAUGUUGUUAUUCUUCGAAACGUCAAGACUGUCAAUGUGAAAGGACGGCUCCUAGGAAUCUCAAAUUCUGCCUCGAAUUGGCUUGUUCUUCCGUCCUCCGCAUUGCGAGAGGUAGAGUCCUCCCAGGAUCUUCAGACAAAAGCAGAAUGGUACGGAAAAGGGAUUCCUAAGCACUACCCUCAGACGGCUCUUCCAAAUGAGGCUGAGCUCAAGUAUGCCAAAUACAUUGCAGCCUUGGAGGAUCCAAUGAGUUGGGGCCAACUGCCUCCCACGACACGGCCACAAAUGAAAGCAAUAAUGGAGAACAGCGGUGGCCAGGCACCCGUUUCAGCUGACAAGUUCAGUCUGAUACAGGACCUUCGGCCGAACAAGUACUUCGACAUCUUUGGAGAAGUGCGUAAGAUACACUUUGACAAGAACUUCCCCAAAACUGAGAUCUUUCUAACCGAAUACACUUCGCGGGAGGCCUUGUACAACUACACCUCUCAGAGCAGUGCAGAUGGCCUUGACGGUGAUGAAUACGGGUAUCUCGAAGAUCAGCCGAAGUCGCAGUGGCCAGGUCCUUGGGGGCGGAUGACAAUUAGUGUCAUGCUUUAUGAGCCCCAUUCCAGCAAGGCGAGGGAGAUCAUUGGACCAGGGUGUCUUGUAUUUCUCCGCAAUGUCCAUAUCAAGAUGGACAAAAAUGGCACGAAGCUUGAAGGGAUCUGCCACACAGAUACGUACGACCCCACUGUGGUGAACGUCGAGGUCAUCAAGCCACACAAAGACGAUGAACGAGCAAGAUCGCUCAUCUCAAGAAAACAGCAGUAUGCGAAACAGGCUAAAGCAGAAGGCAAACUAUUCUACUGGUCCCCACACGACAUGCCGAAGAAGAGAAAGGCCGACGAAAUCGAUGAGGUUGAGGAAGUUCAGAGGAGCAAACCAGGGAAGAACCGAAAACGGAAAAAGAAGGAAAGCAGAAUGAAAGGCGGCAUAACCCGACAGGAAGCCCGAGCAGGCGUCGAUGACACCAACGUUGAAAGCAAGUCGAACACCAAUGUUCGAUGCAACUCAUACGAAGUCCCUCGUAAGUCCAUCGUCGAUAUCCUUGACAUCACUUCUCUCGAACGCAAGACUCCCCAGGGCAGUCUGUAUAGACUUCCAUUCCAGAACUGCAAGUACAAGUCUCAUGUGCGAGUUGUGGACUUCUUUCCCGACAAUAUUGCAGAUUUUGCCGUUCCUCGAAACACCGAAAUGGACCUAUUAUCGGACGAGGAGGACGAUGAAGACCUUUCCAGUAUUGAUCUAACCCAGGACCACGGAGACAGGAUAGGAUGGGAAUGGCGAUUUUUCCUGCUUGUGGAGGAUGCUCGGCAACCCACAGCUCCAGGUGAGCGGCCUACACAAAUGGAACUUUUGGUGGCCGACACCGAUGGAGAUUUUCUCUUGAACAUGACCGCCUGCAACCUGCGGGACAAUAAGCACGCCCAACAGCUUGCGGCACUGAAAGAGAAGUUGUUUCUGCUCUGGGGCAAUCUUCAAGAGAAGAAAGAAGAAUCGAGCACAACUGAAGCUUUGAGUGUCAAGCCGAGCGCGAGACCUUUUGAGUGCCUCAUCAAGGAGUACGGCGUGCCUGUCCGUAAUUCUGACGAGCAAGUGAAGGGCACCUCAGACUAUGACAGGGUGUUUCGCCUAUUUGGAACCGCCAUCUGAAAGGGAUGCUCCUCUCGCGAGAUGAUUUUGCACAAUCACCGUCUGUUGGUCUCAUCCAAAGUACGUCUCUUGUCUGUCAGUCUUUCAAAGAAGGGAUGUCACCUUGGAGUGUGAUGGAACGUCCAUGUUCUUGGCAUAUCCAUUCUGAAAAGAAAUCCUCCGGGAAAAAUCAUUGUAAAAGCCCAACAACGAACUACGGCUUCUCAUAACGGUUCAAGGCACACGGGGAUCGAAGAUCGGAGACCGGUCUGCUGCCCCGGUUCUGUUGAGUAGGGCACUGCAGGGGUACGCGACCCCAACACGUCUGCAGUGUUGGUGGCAUCGAUCGUCUUGAAGAAUCACACCUUGGGAGCCCUCAUACUCCACUCGUUCCAGGCGUGCAACAUAGGGAGACUGACUCGACCUUUGGGAAUUGGGCAAACCGUGAGCAAGUAUCCGUGCAACCUGCACCGAGAUGUGACCGCUAGAUCCCCCCAUAGGUGGCUCAGGGGAUGGGAAGAUCCGGUCGACAAGGGGAAACUGAUUGCUGACCAAGUGUGAUGUUCUGUGGCGAUGCGGCUCAAGACGCAGCUUGUGUCACUAUCACAGUGACACCUACC